AUGGUUAGGAUUGAAGCUAAUUCUAAGUUAGUGCAUGAUAGAAAUGAUUCUGAUUUUAAAAAAGUCACUAAUUUUAAAGAAAAGAUUUUAUGUGGUCCAAUGUAUGGAGUGAGACAAGAAUGUGAUUAUAUUAUCGACAC